AUGACGCAAUAUGGAAUACAGUGCUCAAUUUACCUUUCGAGAAGAAUGGUCGAUGCAAGGCUCGCCUAUGGUCGUUUCGAGGACGAAUCCACAGAGGUGCCGCCAUUUGUUGGUAUUGGCGACCAGCGAAAAUGCGGACCAAUCGCAACAAAUUUCGGAUGCCUGAUACCUUUUUCCAGAAACGAAAGCCUCUUCGUGCUGAUGGCGGAGAACAGACGUAGUGGACGCAGGGAGGCACGACGGCAUCUGAUCGACAAACCGAACGUGCUCAUUCGUAUUCACAAAGACGCUCUAUUCUAA